AUGUCUCCUCUGCGAUUACAACCUCUUGAGAGUGAGGAUCCUUGCUCGAUUAUUGUUUGGUUUGAGAAAGUUAAAGAAAUCCGACAAACUGAAGUGCAUGCGAUGUUUGCCGCAAUCGCUUGGUCGACUUGGUAUGCGAGGAAUUUACUGGUUUUUCAAGGGAAGGAAUUGACUCAUGGUGACUGCCUUAAUGUUGCCCAAAGAGCUAUUUGGACAAUUACACCGGUUUGCUCUCCAACUCAAUCGCAUCCUCCUCGGUUGAUGGUGAGCAGAGAUGGACAGAUGAAGGUUUCUUGCGACGCGGCUUUAAGAGAUGGAAAGGGUUCUGGUUUUGGGUGUGUUUUACAUAAUGUUGAUGAUGUCUUUUUGGGCUGCCGUUAUGGGUUUCGAUCAGGUGCUUACACAUGUUUGGAAGAUGAAGCAAUGGCGGUGUUUGAAGGAAUUCAGUUGUGUGUGGAGCAGGGGAUUAGGGAUGUCAUCAUUGAAACUGAUAACCAAACUCUUUUCUGGAUGCUUCAUAAAAGGGAUUCUGAUCUUUCCUAUUUGGGGGACACUUUGAAGAAAUUUUUUGAGGCGGUGGAUACCAUUCCUUUGGUGGCUUUCAGUUGGACUCCUCGUGAAGGGAAUGCAAUGGCUGAUAGAAUCGCUAGUUUUGCUAUUGAUAAUUCUGUUUUACCUGUUUCCUCAAGCUCUUUGCCUGCUGUACUGAACUCUCUUUUGGUGGAGUAA